GGGGGACGUGGCAUCGCCUUGCUGAAUCCCCGGACGACCUUUCUCCUUGAGUAGGCUAGAAGCCGUUUCUGCUUCUCCUCCCAAUCGCCAAAAGUCCCCAAAUUUCAAACAAAACUUUGUGCGUGGUUUGAGCUGGAGAGAGAAAUGGGAGUGCUAGCCCACGGGGACGGCAUAAGCAUGACGUUGAAGACGAUAAGAUCAUGGCGGAGCCUCGGUGGCGCCACCUGUUUUCGCCGUCAAAACCGAGGCGGGCAUUGGGUCCUGCUACUGGAUUUCCUCCAUAUUCAUCUUACUUCUCGCACAGCAUUCCCUCUUCCCUCUCUCUCUGAAUAUACAUAUUUAUAUUGUUUAUAGAGUUGAUUUUUUAUGUUCUUCGCUUUGUUUGGAUUGAAUUUUGGAUUUGCAAAGGUGAAGAGUGAGUGAUGGGACUGGCAAACGAUUCUGGGGUUAAGCUCGAGACGGGGCUUGCUGGAUACGUGCUUGAGGAUGUUCCUCACUUGUCUGAUUACAUUCCUUGCCUCCCUGCCUAUCCCAACCCAAUGCAAUUCAAUCCUGCAUUUUCAGUUGUUAAGCAGCACUUUGUUAAUGUGGAUGAUACUGUUACCCAGAACAUUGUUGUUCACAAGAGUAGUCCAAGUGGUACACAUUUUCGACGUUCAGGGCCUCGUGAGAAGGUUUAUUUUGUGCCCGAUGAAGUGCAUGCAUGUAUUGUCACAUGUGGUGGUCUGUGUCCUGGGCUCAACACUGUGAUCAAGGAAGUAGUCUGUGGUCUUUAUCACAUGUAUGGUGUCACAAGAAUCCUUGGAAUAGAUGGAGGAUACAUGGGAUUUUAUUCUCGAAACACCAUCUCUUUAAACCCAAAGGUUGUGGAUGACAUCCAUAAACGUGGUGGUACUGUCCUUGGUACAUCACGAGGAGGUUAUGAUACCAUGAAAAUUGUUGACAAAAUUCAAGAUCACGGAAUUAAUCAGGUUUAUAUAAUUGGAGGCGAUGGAACUCUUAAGGGAGCAUCUGCUAUCUUUGAGGAAAUUAGGCGACGGGGUCUCUAUGUUUCUGUUGUUGGAAUCCCCAAAACCAUUGAUAAUGACAUUCCGGUUGUUGACAAGUCCUUUGGUUUUGCUACUGCUGUUGAGGAGGCCCAACGUGCCAUCAAUGCAGCGCACGUUGAAGCUGAGAGUAUGGAGAAUGGUAUUGGUGUUGUGAAGCUAAUGGGACGCUACAGCGGAUUCAUUGCAAUGUAUGCUACUCUUGCUAGCCGAGAUGUGGAUUGCUGUUUAAUUCCAGAGUCACCCUUCUAUCUUGAGGGGAAAGGUGGACUUUUUGGGUUUAUAGAGAAACAACUUAAUGAAAAUGGACACAUGGUGAUUGUGAUUGCUGAAGGAGCUGGGCAAGAACUUAUUUCAGAUGGCAUAAACCUGCAAGAUGCUUCAGGAAACAAGCUACUCCAAGAUGUAGGACUCUGGAUAUCUCAGAAGAUCAAGGAUUAUUUUACAAAGCAACAGAAGAUGGUAAUCAAUCUUAAAUAUAUAGAUCCUACAUACAUGAUCCGUGCUAUUCCAAGCAAUGCAUCUGACAAUGUGUAUUGCACACGACUCGCUCAUGGUGCCGUUCACGGAGCAAUGGCAGGGUAUACUGGCUUCACAGUGGGGCCAGUUAAUACAAAACAUGCUUACAUUCCUUUCAAGCGUGUCACUGAGAGGCAGAACAAGGUAGUCAUAACUGAUAGGAUGUGGGCAAGACUUCUUUCUUCAACCCAUCAGCCCAGCUUCUUAAGCCCCGAAGAAAUUGAUGAAGCCAAGAACGAGGAAAAGCCUGCAACCCAGUUGGCGGAUUAGGCAGAAAGCCAGGCGCACCAGCUUGAAAGAGGUCUCAGAUAUUUGGGUAACUCCGUCUGUUGCAUAACAAGGUUUCCUUUUACACGUAUCUCCAAAACAGAACAUUCGAAAAUAAAAAUUUCUGGGGAGAAACAAUUCCAUCUAUAUUGUUGAUAUAAAAAACAACAGAUAUCUCUGGGGCUAUAGAACAGUUAUCAGCAAAGAUCAACAAAUCAGAAUGGUGCAUGGCAUGCAUUUGUUUC